AUGAACGUGGAGACCUGCAGCCCUUACAGCGACAUGACCUCCAAGGAUGCAUUUUAUAGUUUUUCUGCAGCACAAACUCGGGAGCAGCAGACGGACCACUUCAGGAGCUUCACAUCCCCUGACACCAAAUACAGCCCCACCGCUUUCGUGCAGGCGCACAAAGGUCACACGUACGGAGACAAGCCGCGGAGCCCCUUCCAGCAGGAGUGCCACUCAUUGGACGCCGUCUCAGCAGCCGGUCAAACUGCUUUCAGCAAAUUCCACAUCUUCGCGCACAGGUCCUCCUGUAGAACGCCUCCAGACGAAGGUGAAGGCCAGGCAGGGCAAAGCGCGGAGAUCAUCUCAUGCUAUGGUGAGUCCGUUAACCGGCGGGCCAAAUGGCGAAAGAGGGAGCGUUUUGGACAGAUGCAGCAGGUUCGAACGCACUUCUCCACAGCUUACGAGUUGCCUCUGCUGACACGUCCUGAGAGUUACGCACAGAUCCAGAACCCUUCCUGGAUUAGCAGCAGCAGCGCAGCCUCGCCCGUGCCAGGCUGCGUGGUGCCCUGUGACACGGUGACGCCCUGCAUGACCCCUCACCCCCACUCGGCCAGCGGGGUGUCCGAGUUCCUGGGUGUUCCCAGCCCUGGGGCUCACAUGGGCCAGGCUCACAUGGGCAGCCUGUUCGGAGGCUCUCCCGGCAUGGCCUCUGGGCUCAACGCGUACGAUCUCAACAUGGACCCUGACCGCAAGUCCUCCAGCAUUGCUUCUCUGCGCAUGAAGGCCAAAGAGCACAGCGCGGCCAUAUCUUGGGCCUCAUGA